UGGUGCGCGUCACACCGUGCCGACAUUCUAUUGGCUUAGAGCGCCCACGUGGCACCGCUAGUUGUUGCUCGGCAACGGAGUCACCAUGGAAAUGUUUGGGUCCAAAUUCAUGGUGGCUGUACAGUGUUUACUCAAGGGCGUGACUCUGUAUGAUGAUGUUCAGGUGCCACUGCUGAAGAUCUGAAGAUGGCAACAAGAGAAAAGCUGGUUUAUAAAAACUCAAAGACUAUUACUCAGACAGAGCUGAAGAAAAUGCCCCCUGUGCAGAGAGCCAGGCUUCUGGCUUAUGAGCAGCCCAGUAAAGACGUGGCCACCUCUCUGCUCCUAACUCAGAGUCGGUUGAAAGAAUUUGCUCAGAAAUCUGUCCAGGAUCUUCCACAGAUGAUGCUGGACCCAAAGGAAGAGAGGAAGAUGAAGGUGAUAGGGCAGCUGAAGGCUGCGGAGGCUCAGAACCGCAUACGACUGACCAGAUUUCGCUUCCAGUGUUUGCGGGCUCAGGAGUUAAACCAUCUGAUUGCAUACCAACCAACUGCCCGUGAUGCCAUCCGGCUAGAGGUCUUUCUCCCUUCUCUGCCUGUAACAGAACUUCCCCCAGACCCAUUGGAUCGGGUUCAGAGAGAACAGGUUGAAAGACUUCUGGAAGAUAACAUUGGAUUUCUCACCAAUCGCAUUGCUUGAUUCCCAUGUUAGUCCAGCCCCUAAGGAAUGACAGCAGUUUCGUGACAAAUUCUCAUAUGCCAUCCCCCAAUACACAGAAAAUUACUUCUUUGCAUUCAUUUCUCCCACCUUCAGCCCAAAGGGGGGCAGUUGCCCUUCUCAGUAAACCUGAAGUUGGCUGGUAGGCGCCACUCUCAUUAAUUGUGCCAAUAAAAUGGGUCCUUGUUGAGAUUAAA